AUGGAGUCAGCAUAUCUUCAAAAGAUUCUUGGGACAUGUCUAACUGAAGGUCUUGCGGAAGUGGCAAGGAUGCGUCCAGUGGAUCCAAUAGAAUAUUUAGCACUGUGGAUUUACAAGUAUAAGAAAAAUGUGACCAUGGAGAAACAGAGACAAGACGAAAUGGUCCAACUGGAGCAUGAAAGAGAAGUAGCUCUGAUGGAGCAGGAGAUGAUGGAGAGACUUAAAGCAGAGCAGCUUCUCUUCCAGCAGCAACAGCUGGAAUUCCAACUGGAGUUGGAAGAGCAAGAAAAAGAGAGACAGAGAAUAGAAGAACUGCAGAGAGCUCAAGAACAAUUUGAGAAGGAGUUGAGAAUGAGCAUGGAAAAUAUGGCUAAGGGUGAGGAUACUGUACAUGGAGAGGAUGGAGCCAACUCAGGCAAAACACUAGCUGAAAUUAGUGAUCGAUACGGGGCACCAAACUUGAGCAGAGUGGAAGAACUCGACGAACCAAUGCUCUCUGAUGUUGCAUUAAACAUUGAUCAAGAUUUGUAG